AGCAGCAACAGCAACAGCGGAGAAAUCCCAGGUCUUGUAUUCAUCCCAUAUAAAGCCUCAUCCAAAUCCUAGCCAGCACAAAAGGGUCUAGUGCUUGGGGGUAGCAUAGAGAAGCUGAUGAGCUCCUAAAAAAUAGAGGGGAGGGGAGGUAGGCUUGUUAUAUUAGAAUCCACUUGGCAUAAAGUGUAGUAGGUGAGAACUGGCUGGUUUUGAGUGGCAGUCUGAAAAGCAAAGGGGGUGGAGGAAAUGCCAGGCUGCGGGUAGGAAUCUUGGAAAGGAGUGAAAGGUUGAGCAUUGCUCCUUUGAGCCGAAGAUCUAGCGGAGAUCCUGGGGGUUGGGAGCCAACAGCGUUUGCUUCUGAGUUUCAAGCAAAGAAGGAGAGGAGCAAGGAUAUGAUGGGCUGGUGGUGAUGUAGCAGAAGGUGAACACUCUGGACGCUUGAGGACUGCAGGUAGGCAUGGAUGAGCUUUACCUGCGAAGAGGAGGACGUGGUAGUGCAUCAGCCAUGACUAAUGAUACCCUCAAUAAAGAAGGCCGAGCAGAGGAAGAGCACUCAGAGAUGUCCCUACAAGUGGUGUUGGCCACUUUGCUGCUCCUCCUCAUCCUCUCCACCCUACUGGGAAACACCCUUGUAUGCAUGGCAGUGGUCAAAUUCAGGCACCUGCGCUCAAAAGUCACCAAUUUGUUUGUCAUCUCCCUGGCUGUUUCAGACCUCUUGGUAGCCAUGCUGGUGAUGCCAUGGAAGGCAGUCACUGAAGUGGCUGGCUUCUGGCCCUUUGGCAGCUUCUGUGAUGUCUGGGUGGCUUUUGACAUCAUGUGCUCCACGGCUUCAAUCCUCAACCUGUGCAUAAUCAGUCUGGACCGCUACUGGGCCAUCUCUAGCCCGUUCCGCUAUGAGCGGAAGAUGACCCAACGAGUGGCUUUUGUCAUGAUUGGGGUGGCUUGGAUGCUCUCCGUCUUGAUUUCAUUCAUACCUGUCCAGCUGAGAUGGCACCAAGCCAAUGAGCUCCCUCCUGCCCACCAGAGAGACUCCAACAUCACCUGGAACUCAAAGGAAAACUGUGACUCCAGCCUCAACAGGACCUAUGCUAUUUCCUCCUCCCUUAUCAGCUUCUACAUCCCUGUUGUUAUCAUGAUAGUGACAUACACCAGGAUCUUCUGCAUUGCUCAGCGACAGAUAAGGAGGAUCUCCUCUCUAGAGAGGGCCGUGGAACACGCCAAGAGCUGCCAAAGCAACGAGUGUCCCCAUGAAGUGUCCUUGAAGAAUUCCUUCAGAAAAGAAACUAAGGUCCUCAAGACCCUCUCCAUUAUAAUGGGGGUCUUUGUCUUCUGCUGGCUUCCUUUCUUUGUGCUCAACUGCAUCAUCCCCUUCUGUGACCACACCCUGCAUCAGCUGGCAGAACUGCCGUGUGUCAGCGACACAGUUUUCAACAUCUUCGUUUGGUUUGGCUGGGCAAACUCUUCUCUCAACCCCAUCAUCUAUGCCUUCAAUGCUGACUUCCGAAAGGCCUUUGCAACCAUCCUGGGCUGUGGUCGCUUCUGCCCCAACAAUGCUGUGGAAACAGUGAACUUCAGCAAUGAGUUGGUUUCGUACCAUCACGACACCACCUGCCAGAAAGACCUGGUGGUCUUGAGUGACCCACAGCUUCUACCCCACACCAUGUCCCUCCAAGAGGAUAAUGAUUUGACUUUUGACAAAGUCUCUGAGAUCUCACGUGAUACCUCCCAUGAUAACAAGGGAGCUGCUUUGUCAGCUAUAGUGCACGUGGAGUAUGAGACUGAUACAUCACUUGAGAAGAUCGCCUAUAACACGCUGGAUUAAAAAAGGCAGACAGGUGGCUACGUGAAGGGAGAUGGGACACAA